AUGAAAUCAAAAGUAGCAGAGGCAACGAUUAGGUCCGGUGGGCUCAUCUCUAUCUUGGCCACCAAACGCAUCUCACAAUGGAUACGUUCGGCGAGUUUGACGAGUCGAACCACCGACCCUGCAACUCACUCAGAAGAGUCUGCAAAGGCCGCCGCCGCCGCCGCCGCCGCCGAAGAAGAACUGCUACAAAGAGAGCUAGGAGAGAAGAGCACUAAGGUAAAGGAAGAAAAUGUACCAUUUUCGUCGGGAAAGAUACCUUACAUGCCGCAGCCUACGUUGGACAGUAUACCUGUAGAGCCUCCCGUUAAACCCAUCAACCAACAGAAGAGGAAAUCCCAUACCACUUCCUCCGUGGACGCGAGCUGUGUAGGUGUGGAUGGUUCGCCUUUGUGGAAGCUGGGUGGUGAUGGGGUAGAUGAGUUUGUUGAAUAUUACAAGGAUCAUAAACCGUCUCCGUUAUCGGAAGUUGAAUUCGUCGAUACAAGGAAACCAAUCACUCGGGCCACCGAUGGGACUGCCGACUCCGUUGAGUACGGCCGUGGAGCUGAUGUUAUUGGAUGGAGAGAGGAGCAGCUGGAUACUGCCGAGGAAGCUCUUCAGAGAGCUGUCAGGAUCUGGAAGGAGAACGCCAUGAGAGGGGAUCCUGACUCUCCCCAGUCCAGGGCUCUUCGAGCUUUGCUUGGUGAACUCAAUUAGAAUAUGAAAUGAAAUUUACCCAAUAGGCCAAUACCAUCCAGCUCUGUUUCCAUGUUUGAUCCAUAUAAUAACUUCUCUGUAUUCCAAAGCUUUUAAUGUUUAAGAAGAGAUUGUGUCUAGUAGUUGGAAAUCACUUGUACAAAUUCGUCUUUAUUUCUCAUCAAUGUUACUUACAAUGACACUGUGGCUUCAAAACCCAAA